AUGGCGGCCUCGAAGCGGCCUGCCGUGAUCGAUCUGUUCACGUGCCCAAUCUGCUUCUGUGAGACGGAGCCGGCCGAGGCGUGCGUGCUCGCCGCGUCGUGCGGCUGCGCCUUCUGCGUCGACUGCCUCUCCACCUAUGUGCGCGGCAAGGUUGAGGCGGGCGAGGUGACGGCUGAGCAGCUCGUUUGCCCGGCUGUGGAGCCGCGGCGGCACUGCCCCACGGCGGGCUGCCCGUUUGUUUUUGCAUGGGAGCCGGACAACCGAAAGCUGGAGUGCCCCCUCUGCUCCAAGAGUUUCUGCCUCCUCUGCCGCGCCGAACCGUGGCACACCGGCAUGCGCUGCGAGCAGUUCCAAGCGGAGCGGGGCGACCCCGAGGCCUCGGACGCCGCCUUCGCGCAGUUUGCAUCGAGCCAGCGGCUCAAGCAGUGCCCAAAGUGCCGCUGGUGGGUGGAGAAGUCCUCUGGCUGCGACGCGAUGCACUGCCGCUGCAACCUUGUCUUUUGCUACAAGUGCGUCCUCAAGGGCGGUGUCGCAAACAAGGCCAACCGCGAGCUCAAGACGUGCAGCUGCAGCGCGCAGGAUGCGGCCAACCUGCGUGUGCACGAGACGGCGGGCCGGGCGGGAAACCACAACCUGCAGCCCCAGCGCGGCGGGCCCAACCACCAGCCCGGAUUCGCCGCCGGCAUGGCUGCCGCCGUCGGGCAGGCCCUGGCGCGAGGUGGGGGGCCCCGAGGCGGCUUUCGGGGCGGCUUCAUGCCUCGCCUGCCGGCGGGCGCGUUCGCGCAUCUGAUGGGCCUGGCCGCGGGCGGCGAGGACGAGGACGAGGAGCAGGACGAGUGGUGA